CAUAUUUUCUUUAAAAAUAAUAGGGAGUACAUGAUCAUGUAGGAACACAACGAAGCAAUAGUAAUUUGCUAUUGUUCCAAUUUGUGACCAGAUCACUUUUGUUCUGAAAGAGCCUGGCAGGAAGUCCUAGCGAACACGUUAGCUUAAUAGUUCAUUUUCACCGUUGGUUUUAAUCGUUGGGCUCGAAUUAAACUACACAGUAAUGAACUAUUCCGAGUCGAUUUCUGGGCUCUGUGUAUUUCAUCUGAAAAUGACGGACACUCGAUUUCAACCACAACGGCGCAAUUAUUAGCAAACAGUGCGGAUCAUCUCCGUGUCUGAUGCGGGUUUGCUCAAAUGCUAACCGGGGACCGGCUGAGAUGGACCACCACGGGAACCAAAUACCCCAAAACACAACAGGGUUGGUGGGCUUAACGAUGCUUUAUGCCUCCAACAACAUGGCUCGUGCACAAUGUGAAGGACGGCACAUAACUGCCGCGUGAAAAAAAAAGAAAAUAGAUGCAUCAAAAUUGAGGUUGUCUUCAACUCUUAAUUCCUCCACAAAUGGGGACAUGAGACACGCCGCUGCAUUUCUUAACUGACAGAGACCGGAAAAAGGUCAAACAUCCGUUGCCAUGCGUAUCAGUCUCUGCCAAGGCCUGUUAACCGGCGCCAUCGUCCUCAACCUCCUCAUUCUUUACUACGUGUCCCGGGCGCAGCAGCAAAUGAUGGACAAGAGGAAGGAGCUGGGCAGGGGCACGAGGAGGGCGGCCCUUCCGGGGUCGGGUGUGAGCGGGGGCGUCGGGGCACCCGGCAGGGAGCCCGGAGGGGUCGGGGGUGAGGCGCACGGUCGCGGCCCACGCGUCACUGUUCUUCUCAGAGAGUUUGAACACUUUGAGAAUUAUGUCGGCGACGUGGCCAACUCCUUCCUCCGCCAGAGACCCGAGCUUCCCUUCCUGGCUGUGGCGGACACGUCUCCAUACCCUCCCCUGGUGCUCCCGGAGGGGGCCCGCCUCCUGGUCCUCGCCCCCAGCCCCGACCAGCCGCCACAAGGUCACAGGCCAGAGUUCCACGUCCAGACGGAGUUUGUGCUGCUGGUGCCCGACGGGGUGGAGUUGGAACAGCCUCGGGCCAUCGAGAGGCUGAUCAGGGAGCUGGAAGGCGAGGGUGGGGGGCCCGUCCGCCUGGUGGCUGCACCUGUGCUGGCCCGCUCGGCCGUGCAGUGUCUCCACCUGCGGGUGAACCUCAGGGAGUGGAUGGCCACCUACUCAACGGCCGCGUCCGGGAGCAGCGGGAGCGUGUGUUCGGCUCUGCAGGGAGACGCGGUGGUCCUCAUUCGCGCCGAAGAUCUUUUCAACCUCUCCGUCCCCGUGGGACGGCCCCUCUUUUCCUCGCUCUUCGUGCAGACUGCCCUGAGGGGGUGGAAGGUCAAGCUCCUGGAGAGCCCCUGUUUCGCCGCCAACCACCGGCCCCUCUUCAGCUCGGCCCACAACCAGUGGAAGGCUGACACGCGACUGAAGGAGGCCACCGGGAGGCUCAUGAAGAGCUUCGGCCUGAAGCGCCUCCUGCUCGCCGAUGGUAAGGAACAGUGGUACGGCUGCAGCAAAGAGACGCCUCGCUGCUUUGGCACGGUGCGGGACGACACUCCGGACUACCUGUAUCUGGAUCGCUGGACACCUCCCUGCUGUCUCCGUGCUCUCAGGGAAACCACCAAAUAUGUCAUCAACAUCCUGGAGACCUCAGGGGUGCGCUACUGGCUGGAGGGGGGGACUCUGCUGGGCGCCGUCCGCCAUCAAGACAUCAUCCCGUGGGACUACGACGUGGACCUGGGCAUCUACCUGGAGGACGUGCCCAACUGUGACCACUUGAAGAACCUGGACUCCGGCUCUCUGGUGGAUGCCAACGGCUACGUGUGGGAGCGCGCGGUGGAGGGAGACUUCUACAGAGUCCAGUACAGCGAGGCCAACCACUUGCACGUUGACCUGUGGCCGUUCUACCCGCGUAACGGCAUCAUGACCAAAGACACGUGGACGGAGCACAAACAAGACGUGGAGUUCCCGGAGCACUUCCUGCAGCCGCUGGUGCCCAUGUCCUUCGCCGGGGUCACCGCCUACAGCCCCAACAACUACCGGGGCUUUCUGGAGCUCAAGUUCGGAGAGGGCGUUAUCGAGAACCCCCAGUAUCCCAACCCCUCCAAGAAGAGGCUGGACAGAAGCAAAUUAUGAGAUAGCGACAAUAGAGACUCGAGUGCGGUUUUAAUGUUGUGUCUGUUCAUAACGACACAUGAAUAAUUGCAUUUCUUUUGUUACUGCCUAAGAGAGAUCUUUGUCUGAAAGCCAACGGCAUUUCAAUUUUACCACUGCAAAGUCUAACCCUUUGUUUCUUUUCCUUGUCACAGUGAGAAUAUGUUUGGAUAUUCAAAGGGCGCGAAGGCUUGAAAAGUUUAAAUUCAUGCUGAAAAUAUUUACAUCAGGCAAAUAUUAAGGAAGCAAGCAUUGGUUUUGCUACAUGGGGGAACUAGAUCUGUAUGUGUUGUACAGUAUAGAUAUGCCUUCUGUACAGAUGGUAAAUCAUUUUAAAUUACUGAUAUUUUUUAUUUGAUGUAAGCUGCUGUGUACAUUAUCUGAAGUAUUUAAGGUUUUGAACGAAUGUUAGUCUGAGAAGUGUUUUUACUUUGAUGCAUUGAUUUGCACUGGUUCUUUGAGGUUAUGCAGUUAAUGAAUGAAUAUCACUGUAUUUCCAUGCCUUUUGGUACCUGCCAGCUGUGGCUUGGUGACAUGAAUAAACACUAUAGUGUAUAUGGAGGAGAGGAAAUAGUAUUCAGUGAAAAAAACAACUAAAUUAGAUCAGAUAAAUAUUCCAAAAGAUAAGUAGCAUAUACAUUGUCACACCAAUGCAUGAACUGGUAAAAUAAAUCAGUUUUUGCUGAUGUUGCAGCAUUAA